CUUCUGGGGGCCAGUUGCCAACUGGGGGCUUCCUGUUGCUGCUAUUAAUGACAUGAAGAAGUCACCAGAAAUCAUUAGUGGCAGAAUGACAUUUGCACUGUGUUGUUACUCCUUGACGUUCAUGAGGUUUGCUUACAAAGUGCAGCCAAGGAACUGGCUGCUUUUUGCAUGCCACUUGACUAACGAAGUUGCACAACUGAUUCAAGGAGGACGACUGAUCAAAUACAGGUUGGAGAAAAAGAACUAAAUAUCUAACUUGAAAUAAGCCAGGGAAUGUGUUCAUCCUGAAAUACAACCAAGGAAGACUUGCCAUCUACAGUUGCUGUGACAAUUACAGUGGGGAUAAAACAGAAACACCUAUUAUAAAUAUGACCCCCCACCAAGAAUCCUUCUACUAAUUUAUCUUGCCUUU